AUGGUCGAACGCCUCCACCGAACGCUAAAAGCCGCACUCAAGUGCACUCCUCAGCCUUGGGUAGACGCUUUGCCCUCAGUCUUACUUGGCCUCAGGACAAUUUUUAAGGACGACCUCAAAGCUUCACCAGCAGAAAUGGUAUACGGCACCACACUCCGUAUCCCAGGAGAAUUCUUCACGUCGUCAACGCCUGUAGCCGACAAAUCGACCUUCGUCAGAAGCCUCCGUCACCUGUUCAAAGCUCUUCAAUCAGUGCCAGCCUCCCGUCAUACCACGCAACGACCUUUCGUUUUCAAGGAUCUGUCAACAUGCACACAUGUUUUCAAGCGGAUAGACAGCAUCAAAAAACCGCUGGAACCUCCUUAUACGGGACCACACCGAGUGCUCAACAGGAACGACCCAAGGACUUUCACAAUCGAAGUUGAAGGAGAAGCCAAAGUUGUUUCAACCGAUCAACUAAAACCAGCACACCUGGAGGAAUCGGAGAGGGUCCAGGAAUUUUCCCAGCAACUAUCUUCCAGGGCACCUCCAACCAAAUCCGAUUCAGCAACUCCUCUUCGAGCUCAACCAACGCCUCCACCGGUAAGCCGAGCUCGCCACGUCACGUUCGCAGAUUCCCCCAAGCUGCUCACUGGCGGGGGAGUGGAUGUGGCGUCCCAGCCUUGCGCACAAGCAGCGCCGAGCCUCGCGCCCCCCUCGAGCCUACCAAUCCACGAGCUGCCACAGCUGUUGCGGGACGACAAGGAGAAGAAGAAGAAGAAGAAGAAGAAGGAGACAGAGUCUCUUGAGUACUGCUGA